UCUGACACUUUUUGCAAGUCAUUUUCGCAACAAAUACUUUGUGGGCAGAUUAUGCUUGCAACACCCUUUUAAAAAUCAUGGACAAAGUUUGCUUACAUAAAGUGCUGAGUGUUUAACAGCACAAAAACAUCUCUAAAGUGAAUUAGGGGCUCUCAGGGAGUCCAGUACGCAUUCACUUGACUCCAGAUGUUGGAGCACCUCACAGGGUCGAGUGUUUCUCUGGGUGUGGUUUAGGGGAGAGACUGACAGCGCUUGUUUUAUCAUUCGGCUCACCUGAGCCAUUGCCAAAACUGGAGGCGGGAGCGUAUAUAUACACUGUAUAUAUAUAACCCAAGACAUGAUAGUGAGUGAGAAUCAUUCAGACUCCAGGAGCAUCUCUCCACAGGCUGUGGGUUAUUUCACAUCAACAUGUAUAUAAACGCACCCGAAUCGUGCAAUUUCAUGUUUUUAUUUUGCUUUUUAAUAAGGAGUGGUCUGACUCUGAAGAACGAUGCUACGGAGAUUUUCUACUCUCAUGUGGUCAGUCCCGUGCAGGAUGCUCAGAGCAACGCGUCUCUGAAUCGCGCGCGCUCGGGUGGAAGAGGCUUCACCGCGCAAGAGAGAGAACGAAUCCCAGUCGGCUGCAGAGAGCUGCGAUCCACAAAGUACAUCUCUGAUGGCCAGUGCACCAGCAUAAACCCUGUUAAGGAACUGGUGUGCACAGGACAGUGUCUUCCAGCUCAGAUGCUGCCAAACUGGAUUGGCGGAUAUGGUAGGAAGUUUUGGAACCGCCGAAACAGUCAGGACUGGCGCUGCGUGAAUGACAAGACCCGCACCCAGCGGAUUCAGCUCCAGUGUCAGGAUGGCAGCACCAGGACCUACAAGAUCACAGUGGUGACCUCCUGCAAAUGCAAAAGAUACACGAGGCAGCAUAACGAAUCGGGGGUCAAGUCUGAGGGAUACGCUCAUACCCAGAUAAAAAAGCAAAAGAACAAAGGAGGCACCAGGACGGAAAGCUAAAUGAGUCUGUGCUCGGACUGAGCUAGAUUUUUCCUUUUAAAAGAACUCAGUAUGAAUGAGAGAGCUUGUGACGUCAGCUCACAGGAGCACUGAACUUUCUUUGUGCUGCCUUUGAGAGCAAGUGCAGGGCUCUGAGUUCACUUCCAGAUGUCCACUGCAGUCUUUGGAAAGAAGAGAAAAUAAAGACUAAAUAUCAUCACCGAUAUAAUCUCAAUCAACAUGCAACCAGUAGUGAAGACCUGUCCAUAAUAACGUCAAAGAGACUGACAAUGUUAACUGCAUAUUACAUUACAAAUAUGUUUUUUGUCAUCACUGCCUGAUGUGUGUGGUAAUCACUUGCUGUGGUAUAUACUGUUAGUCUUUGUGUUCAGCGACAAUAAGAGCAGUUCUCAAACCUGGGAAAUGCAUAGCUACAUGUAAAUUAAAUGUCUGUACAUAUGCAUCUGCAGUUGUUUAUGUAAUUGAUUGUUUUGCAGGACCUUUAUGUGUAAUAUUGUGAUGUAUAAGCUGAUGUUAUGUAUUUUGCCUUGACUUUGCUCUGACUUUGAAACAUUUUUAGUUUGUGCAAGGAUUAUUUGGACAAGAUAUUGCACUAUAGUGACAAUGCUCAUAUUGGCUAUGUGGUGUAAAAGCAUUAAAAUGAAAACAUCUGAAAAUGUCUCGGUAUAAUAAUUUACAUUUGCAUGAGGUGACAUUUUGAACUCCAAAUGAUGCCUAUUAACUGAACUAUAAGGUUCAUUCAUUCAGUACAUUAACAUGCCUAAUUUUUGUUUCAUGCAUGACAGUUUAUAUAAAAUAAACUCA